CCAGUUGUCAAGCUCCUUCGUUUGGUGGACGGUCCAGGAGCUGUCUCUUAUACACAUCUAGAUGUGUAUAAGAGACAGGCUGACGCCUGGGCUGUUUGUGGGUUCUGUGUGCGCAAGUGAAGUUGUCGAUGGCGCUGGUGAAGCAGAUCUUGCAGUCUCUUGCGAGGCACUUCACUGAUGAAGGUCCUCACGGCAAGGACCCCGGCAAAGGGUCGAGGCACUGGCUGUGCAACUAUUGCGAGACUCGGUUCGUCGGCACGAAGUCAGUCCUCAAGAAGCACUUCAUCACGAAGUGCAGUAUUGAGCUUGUGACUCGGGCAUUGACAGUGGAGGAGAGGGUGAUGAGAAUCGACGGCAUCCGGUUGGGGAAGCACCAGGCCAGUCAGCUCGAAGGUGCAAUUGGUGGAAGUGGUGGUCCGAGCACAGGACCGUCUUCAAGUAGUUUCGUGCCUCCAUCAUCAACGCAGAGGUCGCGUCCAUCAUCAUCAAUAAAGAGGCCGAGUGAUGGUGAGACUCCCUCGCCUGCAGGACCUGAGACAUGCUUCCCUCCUGCCCCUGGAAGUGGUGGACGGUCGGUGAGGCAAACUUUGCUCGAGGAGGCGGACAGUAUCGUCACCCAAAACGCGCAGACGAGUCGGAAGAUGGAUCAGUGGCUGAUUUGCACGAAUCAGCCAUUCAGCAUGGUGGACAACUUCUACUUCCUUGACUUCCUCGAUGCUUCGGUCUGCAUGGAGGGGAGGGAGAAGGACUCAAAAGCGUACUUCAAGUUGUUGGACGGGGUGAUCCAGGAGAUCGGUGUGGGGUCCAUUGUCGGUGUUGUGAUGGACAAUGCGAGGGUUUGCGCCAAAACGGGGAAGAUGGUGGAGGCCAAGUACCUCGGUAUUUUUAGUGUGGGCUGCACAGACCAUGCCUUGGAUCUGGCCCUGGAGGACAUGUACAAGUGCAUGGACUGGCUGAAAGCAGUCGUCGACAAGGGGAAUCAAGUUGGAAAGUUUUUCACCAACGUCGACAAGGUUUGCGCAAUGUACAACAGGAUCGCGAAUGCGCAACUCAAACGUCCGACGGUCACAAGAUUCGUGACGAACUUUGAGAUGCUUCAGUCGCUGAAGGGGGGGAGGAAUCCGUUGGAGCUCUAUGUCUACAAUGCGGCGUGGGUGGAGAAGUUGGUUGUGGAUAAGGCCAUUGCGGUGAUGGAGCCAGUUGUCAAGCUCCUUCGUUUGGUGGACGGUCCAGGAGCAACUAUGAGCAAAGUGUAUUUCGGCAUGGACGCGGUUGUGGCUAGAAUGCGCACGCUAGACUGCCUGUCGGAGGCUGAGAAGGCGGAUGUGGAGAAGAUUUUGAUGGACCGCUGGGCGUUCAUGACAUCAGAGCUGCAUUGCGCGGCCGCCUUCCUCAACCCCGAGUACAGGACGCAUACCGUGCGAGACACGCAGAUUCGCGAGGGGUUCAACAUCUGGCUUUACUCUUGGGCGCCGCCUGAGUUGCUGCAGGGAGAAAUCAGUAGACAGGUGGACAUGAGGGUGCAGGGAUUGGGCACUUUGGGAUCGCAGAACGCAAGGGAUCAGACGAGUUCGAAGACUCCGGCGCUACGGUGGGAGGCGUUCGGGGGGUCUUUGGACCUCCUCCAACCGCAGGCGAUCAAACUGCUUGGGCAGGCGAGCUCGUCGGCUGCGUGCGAGUGAAACUGGAGCUUGCACCAGCUCAUUAGAAUAUCCGAUUGUCGCCGCGGAG